UUUAUUUAUUAACGGCGCAUAUGAGAUUUGCCCAAUUGAGCUCGAAACGUGUAUUCAGACAUCCAUUUCUUUUUGAUAUAUGAUUUGUUCUUUCAGAACACAACCGGAAAAUCCCAGGUGUAUCCUAAACUGAGACUGUAGUGAAAUUUUUCUCGCUUAUAGUGUAAAAGAAUAAAGUUGAUAUAAAAAAAUAAGAUGUCAAGUUAAAACUUUUAGCUUGAUUCUCUUUAAUCUUUUUAGGAAGGAUAAAAUCCGAUAUUGACAUUUGUAAUUCACUAUUCUUCUUUGUUCUGCUUUUAGAAUAAUGUUGACCGUUGUAAACAAUUAUUUGAUGUCACAUUGCGUUUAUUAAGUAGUGUUCAACCACCUGAAACAGCAACUGGAUCAGUAUUAUUACAAUGUUUUGCACAGUUACCGCUUGAUUUAUCACCGAUUAUUGAGAUUACAUCAGAUCAUCAAACAGAAAAUAACAAUCUCUAUUGGCUAAUAGAACAUGUACGAAAACGUUUAGAACAAGAGAUUAAUUUCGCUCGAGUGAAUCUAUUAAAUGCAUCUGCACAAGGGCCAAUGUAUGGAUGUCUAAGUGGAAUUAAUGCAUUAUUAUCAUUAUUCAUUUCGGAAAAAUCUAAAACGGUGAAUAUUGACCAAUGGCGUCUACUAUUUGGCAAUUUAAUAUUACACGGUUUAGACAUAGCCAAAAUAACUGGUCCUAUCGUCAGUGCCUCUGCUCCCGAAGGAAUGUUUCCAAUGGAAUUAACAGAUUGUAAGAAUUAUUUAUAUUUUGUUGGCCUUGUACCAAUGUUUGAUUUUAUUUUUAUAGUAUCUGACAACUUGAAUGAAAAUGAUGAGUCGAGCAAUGUGACAUCUCAAAUGUUAUUAGUGUGUUGUUGGCGUACAAUUAAAGAAAUAUCACUAUUGUUUAGUAAAAUAGCACAAAUUGGCAUACCAUACAUUGAAAACGAACAUAAUUGGCUAUAUGUUAACAUUGAACAAACUCAAACAAUCUGUAAUUAUUUCAUGGAACAAUUGUUAAAAUCAAGACAUUGUGGUGCGUUUGAAUUAGCCUAUCAAGGUUUUUUAAUCGUUUGCGAGCGACUAUGGAGUUCUAUGUGUCCCUCACUGUGUCAGUUGCCUGUUGAAUGGAUUGAAGAUGGUCUUAAAAUGGUUCAAGAAAAUAGCUUAUAUAAAGAUAAACUAUGUUUGACACGACGUUCUGGUGGACUUCCAUUUUAUCUUCAAUCAAUAUUGACUAAUGAACCUCUUACGGACAAUGUUCAACAACAACGAAAAUAUGUUGGCAAAUUGAUGGAAACACUUAUCGAAAUUAUAGACAAUGAUUCAGAUACGAUCGGAGAUGAUCAACAAGAAAAUAGUCGAAAGAUUCAUGCAUAUAAUACGUUACGUUCUUUUUAUCGGAAUACUCGUUUUUCAAAUGAUGUGAUGCCGUAUGUUGAACAAGGUCUACUCAUUUCGGUUAGAGGAUUCACAUCCGAAAUUUGGAUGAUUCGAAAUUGUGCAACAUUACUGUUAAGUGCAAUACUUUUGAGAAUAUUUGGACCAGCAAGAAUCAAAGAUGAUUUAUCAAAGAAAAACAGUAUGACAAGUCGUGAAUUUUUCAAUAAAUAUCCAUCAUUAUUUAAAUUAUUCAUAGAAGAACUCAAUAUAGGAACAAGCAAUCCAAACGAAUCAUUAUCUACACGAUUGUUUGCCAUAUUACUUAUUUUACGUCGUUUAUAUCCAAGUCCAUUGGAUGGAUUUGAUUGCACCGUGACUUUAGAUCAACUUAUACCUUAUGUUAUUAAAUGUCAAGAAUCACCAAUAUUUCGAAUCCGAGAAAAUUCAUCAAAAGCAUUAUUAGGAAUAAUUCGUCGUGAUUUAUAUGGAGAAGCUGUUUCAGAACAAAUUCAAAUAUUAUCUAAACACGGAAGAUCAAUUAAACAAAAUAAAUUACAUGGGGCUUUACUACAGAUUAAUGGAAUAUUGUUAUUAAUGGCAAAAAAUAACGUAGACUUUACAUUGACUAAUAUGAAAGAUAUAUUGGAACCAUUACAAUGGUGUAUUAAAGAAAAUCCAUGUCCGUUAACACAAUGUUGUUAUUUGGAGUUUUUAUAUAAUUUAUAUAAGCUUCAUCCAAAUAACAAUCAACUUCAAACAUACUUACAUCAAAAUACUAUGCACCUGUUAAAAUCACCACCAUCACCAACUCGUCUAGCUGCCGAUCAACUAACUUCAGUACUAACCAAAGUUUAUUUGUCAAUAUUUAACAAUGAGAACAGUGAACUAUUAUUUGACUAUAUUAAACGAACCGAUACUGAAUUGAGUUUUGUUGAAAUUUUAUUGCAAGCUCCAACAAAAUGUUUGACGUUAUCAGUGUUUCAACAAAAUUUAAUCAAAUAUUGUUGUCAUAUGUUAACACAGAUGAAUCUGUUCAAUGAACAACUAUACACCAGUUUAUGUUUAUUAUUGUCAAACAUCAACGAUGAACAUUAUUCACCACAAGAAUAUGCAGCUGUGGUAUAUAAAAUCAUUCAUAACAUGUUAAAACUAAGAAGAACAAUGAGUUUAUCGUCAAGUUUCACCUUAAUUGGGAAAUUGUUACCUCUGUGUACAAAAACAGUAAAUGUUGAAGAUGUUUAUGCACGAAUUUUUGACUAUAUUGAUGAUGAUGAAGAAGUUGAUGAUGAACUAUUGUGUGCCAUUCUAUCGCUACUAAAAGAUGCACAUGGUGUGCUACACAGUGAUUCAAAUUAUGGAAUGUAUUGUGUCGAUGGAACAACGGAUACCGUUCACACCAACGGAAAUGAGGUAUCCACUGUUGAUUGUGAUUUAGAUUUGAAAUGUCGUCGACAAUGGCCAUCGUCCGACGGUUACAACAAUGUGUUUGUAUCUCGUAAUGAAGAUGUUGAUCAUUAUUCGCUGCUGUAUGGUGAUCAUUUAUUAGACAUUAUUGAUCAGUAUCUAGAGACAUACAAAGACGCUUCGUCGUGUUUGAUUAACGAUUUACACGUGUAUACACAAAAGGUUUAUGAUCAAUCUCAAGAACUAGUUGGUAUACUUCGACUUGCCUAUGAGAAAUUGAAUUAUACCAAUCGUAGCCAUAUUCGAUUAUAUCUAUUAAUCAAAUAUUUGAAAAUCAUGGAAAAACAUGGUCUAUGCAACACAAAUGUUGAUAUGUUAGUUAAAACAAUUCCACAGUACUGGCUAACAAAAAGUUUAAGAAAUCUGCUUUCAUUACAGUGA